AUGGCAGUCGAUCCUCUGUCCCCGAUCGCGCCUGCGCGCAUUAGGGCCUUGCUUCUCCCCGUGGGUCGCAUCAAGCGUUCGCGCUUCAUAGCCUUUGUCGACCUCUUGCAGCAAGAGUCAUUGGUUCGAUUGGGCGACAUUAGCCCUGAUCCACGACCUGACCGGACGUGGCCUGACGGAACUCUACUUUAUGACUUGUCAACUUCUAUGCCAUCGGCCUCUCAUCUAUCUCUUUCGCCGUUUGAGCAGUUCAGAGAGCCCCUACUUGUCAUUGGAAUCGGAGACGCGUCCGAGUAUGCCUGGCUACAGCCGUCACGUGCGACUGAAGGGACACCAAGUCCGACAUUUGAGGAUCCCCCAGUCGGCGAUGAUGAAGCGAACGCUAUCCAGUUCGGCAUCGAUGAUCUCAGAGAACAGUUUCCCAGGGCGUAUCUUCACAGCAUCAUGAUGUUUGAUUCAACAACCCAAUCUCGACAUCCACGUCUACCUCAAGAAACCCUCCUGAUCCCGCCAAAAUCACAUUUAAAGACCACUACGAUGAAGACCUUCAUGUGCGAUCUUACUGCAACCUUAUUGGCAGAGAUGACAACCUUGGCGAAGUCUAUACAAGCUCUUCCUACACUGGUCUCGCCUGCUUCUCAGAAUGGAGCAGCGGAGGCCACACCCAGCUGGGCUGCAGCCGACUCCACUUCGCAAUUCGCGCGUCGCAAUUCGCAGACGCCGACCGCCAGCAGACCAGAGUCGCCCGUAAACAAUGCACUGAAGGAUAGCCACCGAAUGUCAAUGCCCGUAUUGUCAUCAAACUCCGGGGGGCCGUUGUCCACAGAGGAUCCGAGAACUGCUUCUUCGAGUGCGCAAGGUACACGUACACCACCAACAACAUUUGAUGAGAUAUCAGGCAUCAACGCAGCCAACACGCUGCAUCAAACGAAUAGUGACUCUAGUAGACCUAGCACUGCAACCAAGAAGACUGCGGCAGACCGCGUCUCAAUCCAUGGCUUCGGUUCUGGUGGGGUUGGCGAGAGGGCCAGGAACAAGGGACGCGGUCGUAUCGGAAUCGUGAUCGGUACAUUAUACAUGUGUGCGGGGCAGUGGGUUGAGGCAGUACGAGAGCUCACAGAAGGCGCGACUAGAGCCCGGGCCCUAAGCGAUCAUCUAUGGCAUGCCAAAGCUCUCGAGCAUAUCAUGGUGUGCAUGCUUCUCUUCGCUUGGUCCGGCAUGGAGUUCCAGAUACCUGAAGUCUGCUAUCCAGCUGGUGGAGGCAUCACACCAACGCAUACGCCAUCUAACAGUGCCUCCGACGUCUCAACCCCAGCUAAACCCCAGAAACACGACAACUCAUUGGACGCCCUCAAUUCGCUGCUGCCAGACAUGGUCAGCAUGAUACUGAACCUCUAUACGCGCGCGGCCAACUUUGCUGGAGAAUCUUUGCCGCCUCUUGCGUUCUCGGAAUGUGUGAUACGAUUUUCGAAGUUAUUGGCUGCAAUCAAUCUGUCCGCAGGCUUUCUCGACGACGACGCAUUACGACACCUUGUACAGAACGUACCGUACAAGCAAAAGGCGCGGCUUUCAGUUCCGAGGCUUAGUGUACAUCCCACGCGCAACGAUAUUGCUUCCAUGUUAUUCCGCGCAUUACCUGGGCCUGUAGAAAGCUCAGGAAUGAACCCUACGGACCGCGUUGUAGUACUGGCUGGUGUUGCUUCGAUUUUGUCAUCAUUGGGAUUGCAACGGAAGAAGGCCAUCGUCAUGAAGGAGUUCAUCACAUCUCUCGUUCCUGGCUUGAUCCAGGCCCGUAAAGUGGGAGCCGCUGAGAUGGGAGUUCACCCGGCUGCUGGUCUUGCCGCUCUGAACAUCGCAAAUGGUGGCACUUCGGGAACUGGCGCCCUCAACUUGGGCGAAGGCGAGGUCGAGCAAGGUAUCGGUGAAUUUUUGGGUCUACUAGGCCGAAUAUACGGGAUACCAAAUUCGAAGGGAAACAUGCCCGACAUCACUGUAUCCAGCCAGAGGAGCGAGAACGCGGAAAGUGCUGCGGACAGCAUUGCUAGUCAACGUGUAGUCGACGCUAUUCUGGCAAUCUCUUCGUUACGAACUUUCGGCAGUCUAAGCCUCAAGCUGGAGAUAUUGCGAACAUGUCUGAGUUUCUGCGAAGCGUUGCCAGAUUUCAAUGGCGUUCUCCAUUUUACUGCCCUCUUACUGCGGGUUGCAGGCCCGGGUACGGCGCCCAGGCCCAACAGCACCGACGUAUUCGUAUCUCUUGCACGAGAUGAACAGAUCCGGCUCUACUCGAACAUCUCGAGAACAGUCACAGCUGCGAAGAAGCUUGGGCUACAGCAUGUAGAAACAGAAUAUUGGGACGACUUUCUCGUCCGCGGGUUGUUUAUACUCGAGGAAAUGGAACCUCUGCGGCUAACUCAGAGGCAAGGUACGGAACUAAAAUCAGAUAGCCAAGGAAAAGAUGGCCCAUUCCUCCACAAUGCGUGGUUAAAGAAGCCACAAACGAACGCUGCGCAAACAGUUCUAGUUGCUAACGAGCACUAUCGCUUUGUCAUUGCCAUGCAGAACCCAUACGAGUUCGAGCUUGGGGUAGAAUCGUUGAAGAUUGCGGCUGAAGGUGUGGAGUUUGUUGCACUAGAGGAGCACUUCCUGCUUGGUCCUUACAGAACUCAAAAGUUCCAGAUCACAGGAACAGCGCAAUCCUCAGGGUCAUUGAAGAUCAUCGGUUGCUAUGUCAAGCUCAUCGGAUGUCGAGAGCGACUUUUCCCUAUAUUCCCUGAACCAUGGAAGCCGAAAAGAGAAGCAAAGAUGAAGCGCAUGGGUCUCAAGGCCUGUCUAGGCGCUCCAGCAUCACGGCCCUCAACAGCUAUUGCGCCAUCGAUCGACCAUAGAGCAACGUUCCAGCCGAAGCCGGAGUCAUUGACAUUUUCUGUAAUACCAGAUCAGCCUGUCCUUGUUAUCACCAAAGUGUCUUUACCACAGUCAGCGGUCAUGGUGCUUGAAGGCGAAAGAAAACGUUUUACCGUUACUGUCAAGAACACCUCAGCUGUAACAACUGUCGACUUCGUUCACAUCUCUUUUCAGGAUACCGCGACUACUGCAAUACAAGCGGCGACGUCCAACAAAGACUUGCCCGCAGCUGAACUGCACGAAUUAGAGGUUCAGCUUGCCCAUCAUCCUUCAUUACGUUGGUGUAAGAAUGAGACCGAAGAAUCGCCGAGCAUCAAGCCGGGCGCCGAAGCAGAAUUUACUAUUGAGGUUAUCGGCCGGACAAGACUGACGGAUGCUACCAUCCAGAUCGACUACGCUAACCUUGGAAAGCGAAGGUCUGAAGUUGAGGAACACUUCUUUACCCGUCAGGUGUCGGCGCCCAUAUCCAUCACGGUGAAUGCAAGUGUGCAGCUUCAGCGCCCAGACAUAGUACCCCUAUCCGGCAACAUCGGCUGGUCUGACACCGUAUCGUCGGGUUCGCAAGCUCAAGCUGACCAGGAGUCAUCAAUUACCCCGGCAUCUGGGAAAGCUGACAGUCAUCUUCGGUCUUUCAUGAACCAGAAGCAAAGCCACGAGAAUGACGAAGAGCACUGCAUGCUCCUUCUAGAUCUAAGAAACUCAUGGCCGAACCCAUUGUCGAUAACUCUCCAAGCCCGAAAGCCUAUGCUCGAUGGCAACUACAGCGACGAGUCCUGGAACGAGGCGCUUGGUGUCAAUGAAAUCAUACAGCCAGGACAUGUCAGUAGGAUCGUCAUGAUUCUUCCAAAGGUUUAUCUGCAAGACCCACACGCCGCUGUGCCAUCCCUGAACCCCGCCAAUCAACGUCAGUUUGUCGUAAGCACGAGCAAAAUCUCCCCUGAAACCGAACGCGCGAGCAGGGAAGCUUUCUGGUACCGUGAAGAGCUACUCAAGAUUGUGCGAGGAACGUGGACAGAAGACGGCAAUGGACGUCAUGGUGAACUAGAAUUGCGCGGCAUUCGUUUGACACCGCGCAUGGUUGAAGCCAUCAAACUCGAGGAUCUUGCCAUCACUACGACCAUCAUCGCGGACUAUUCCACAGCAGAUGGUGAAAAUGCUGUACGACAGAUUGGUCGCGCAAAGUUCAACGUGCCAAUCGAUGACUUUCUCACAAUGAAGACGUCCGUCCGUAACCGAAGUCCGCGUCCCAUCUCGCCUAUACUAAGACUGCAGCCACAUGUUGCUGGCCUUCCACACAACAUCGCGUUGGAUCUCGACAAACGCCUCUCAUGGACAGGAGUACUGCAACGCAAGCUACCGAUCAUACAACCCGGAGAGAUUGUGAAGUCUGAGCUUGGUAUCGUUGCGCUAUGCGGUGGUACGUAUGAGAUUGGUGCUACGGUCGACGAAGCAGAGUUCAUCAAGGCCGGUGGUGGAGAUGAGGACCAAAAAGCGAAUGUCGACACCCAAACUUUGCUGCAGGGGGGCAAUGUCUUGGGUGAACCGAAGCUACGGACUUGGUACAUGAGAGAACCUUGUACCAUCAUUGCGAGGACAUGA